CAACAAGCAAGGGGAGAUCACUGCGUGGAUAUUGUAUUUUUAGAAAUUCGUUCGAACAAUUUCGUACACUAAAAUGGACGGUCGAUAUAAAAUAAAUUGGAAGUAAAAUUUUGCAGAUAAAAGAAUGGUGAAGAAUUUAAUGUGAAAAAUAUAACUAGGAUAUAAAAUAAGGGAUAAUGUCAAUAAAGAACGGACCUCACCUGCCUCAUUACCACAAUGCAAUCAAAUCUACAAAUGACAGUGCUGUAUAUACACCAAGUACAAGCAUCAUCUCCGACCCUCUAACAGACAAGUACAUCGUAGGAGAGAAUAUUGGCAGGGGCAAAUUCGCUGUGGUGAGAAAAUGUACAAACAAAAAAACAGGGGAAGUGUUAGCAGCAAAGUUCAUCAAGAAAAGGAGAAGAGGAAAGUCCUGUCGAGAAGAGAUAUUGCGGGAAGUUGUCAUGCUGGAAAUGGCACUCGAUCAUCCACGACUGGUGAAUUUGAAGGAAGUGUAUGAAACCCAACAAGAACUUAUACUCAUAACAGAAUACUGUGCUGGUGGUGAGUUAUUCACAGAGUGUAUAUUAGAAGAGAAGUUUAAUGAGGCUGAUGUACGACUGUUGAUGUCUCAGAUAUUAGAGGGCCUUGUCUACCUACAUGAGAAGAAUAUUGUUCAUUUAGACUUGAAGCCACAGAAUAUUCUGUUAACAGACGAGUUUCCGAAGGGCUCUGUGAAGAUAUGUGAUUUAGGAUUUGCAUGUUUAGUAAAUACUGGUGAAGAUAUACGAGACAUUAUAGGCACUCCAGACUAUGUUGCUCCAGAGGUGUUAAACUAUGACACGUUGGGCUUGUACACAGACAUGUGGUCCCUCGGUGUACUGACAUAUGUAAUGUUGACAACUUGUUCACCUUUCGCAGCAGAAGAUAAACAAAUGACAUUUUCUAACAUAACCUCGGUGAACCUUGACUUCCCUGAAGAUUUGUUUGGAGACAUCAGUCAGGCUGCACAGGAUUUCAUACAAAAAUUACUAAUUGCCGAUCCAAGUGAAAGGAUGACAGCAAAAGAAUGUUUCAAUCACGAAUGGCUAGCAGGAUAUGUGGGCUCAAGUACAAAACCAUUGACGAUAGGUUACGAUGAAACAGUAGACCACAAAACCGGUGAAAAUAUAGAAAGUAUUGAACACCUAAAUGACCCUGAUAAAAGAAUUAGUGAUUCUAAAGAAGGCGAAUUGGACAAUGAAAUUGAAAGUAAGGUAAAAGAUCAGUUUAGGGGGAAAAUUGAAAACCAAACGUCGGAAAUGUCAGUAACAGACGAUAAGGAGGAUACAAAAUUAGACAAUGAGAUUGAAAAUAAGGUUACAGAUUCUUUUAGGGGGAAAAUUGAAAACCAGACAUCUGAAAUGUCAUUUACUGAAGAAAGGGAUGACGAAGGGAUAUUUGUUGAUCCUGAAUCUGAUUUAUCUUCUCAUGAAACAAACAUAUCUGAUAAACUUAGUGAGGAUCCUUACCAAGAAGGAAAUGUAACUCAUAAACAGAAUUUAAAUGCUAAUUACGUAGAACCUAGUAAUGAUGAAAUCAGAAAUAUAUGUACUGUAAAUAAUGUAUCAAGUUGUGAUGUGACACCAGAUACUGAUUCCAGUAUGUGUUUAACAGAAAGUAGACAACAAGAAGUAGAUUCUGGUAUGGCUACCAACUCAGAACCUUUAGAUAUAUCAGGUAGGACAAGUGUUGAACUUGAACCAGAUACUGAAUUGAAUAGCGAACCAAACAAUGACAUUGAAAUGUUAAAUAAAAGCUGUAUAGAAAAUGAUAUAAAAGAUGAAGUGGGUAAUGUAUCAGAAAGAACAGAAAAUAAUGAUUCUAACAAAACUGGUCUAUCAUCGGAUGGAAACAGGGAACAAAAUAUAGUUAAUAGUGAAGAUGCUGAUACUGCAAUGGAUGUAGAAAUGUUAGACACAUGUGAUAUUAGGGAACCUUUACCAGUAAAUGUAACAAAUGAUGCCAACAAUCAUACACCAGAUAAACAGCAUUCCAAGGGAGAAGAAAGUUGGUCAAAUGUAUCAGUUGAAGUUAACGCCCCCAAACAAGAAGCAUUAACUAAAGAUCCAGCAACAUCCCAAUCCAACCGUGACACAAAAGUACGUUCUUCUGUAAGCCAUAUAGAUGAUUCUAUAAAUAGCAUGCAGUUAGGAGAAAGUCUGAAACGAGGCAUGUGCAAUGAAUCCGAAUCAUCAGGGGCAAAUAAUCCAGAUGCUAAUAAUGAGGAGUAUGAAUUUGUUAGUGUUUCGAAAAGAGUUCGCAGUUAUGAGGAUAGUAUGACAUCAAAAAGUCCCACGUACAGUCCUUCAAUAGCCAAAAGUCCUAGAAUAGGCAGACACUCGAGAUUUCAUCAUCAACAUCAUUAAUGAGGUCACACUUACUGUUAGUGUUUUAGGAUUAUUUUAUUUUUAGGAAUGACUCUCAAGGUUUAAAGCUGUAUGUCUCCAAAUGAACUAAAAUAUUUUGAGAGAAUCAAACUUGAGAAAAAUGUACUUAGGUUUUAAGACAAGUAAAAAGAUUCAAGUAAUAAUUGUUAUACAUGUUAUGUGUGAUUAAUGCCUGAUUUUAUAGUAUCUAUUACCAUAUUUCUACAAUGAUACUAACACAGUAAGGGCUAUUUUUGCAUAUUUCUUACCUCUUUUUAGUAAUUUACAUUGAUUGUAAGUGCCGUUUGCAAUGUGUAAAUUAAUAUCUUUGCUCACUUUACAAUAUUUUACUUUUAAAUACAUUUUUAAAAUUUUUAUGAAAAUCAGCAUGAAUCUGGAGACACGCUGCUUUAAGCUUUAAAUAGAUUAUUGGACAUCAAGACUAGGUGGUGUAUAAUGUUAGUAAUUAGUAAUAAUGUUAGUAAUUAGUGAUAUACAAAUGUAUUUAUAGCUAGUGUUCUUCUGCUCGCAAAAUAUACUAUGAAGUUUUGAUCAGCAUUGCCGCAUAAUUAGUAAAUUUUUGGAUGAGAAUCUACUGUGACAGUCACCACUUAUAUUAGAAACAAUAACUAUAAUAUAAUGUUCCAACGUAAAUAAAGAGUGGGGUUUUUUUUGUGGGGUGUUUUUAUGUGGAUUUUUUUUUUUUUUUUUGCUUUCAUCCCUCAGUUACUAGUAAGGCUAUGACCGCAUGUUAAUUAUAAUGCUUUUUACAGGGUAAAUGCAUUUUAAAAUUAAUUUUCUUUGAGACAAAAUAAGUUUUUUGUAUAUUAUAUGAAACAAAUAUGGACUGUUUAGCAGGUGAAUAUGAUGUGAUAUGUUCUGAAAAAUGAAAAAUAUAUUGCUUAAAUCCUCUGAAUAUUGGAUUGUCUCCCCUGAUACAUUUUCUUCAUCAUUCAAACUUGUGAUACAGAGUAACAAAAAUAGAGUAAACAAAAGGAGUAUUCCACAGGAUUAGUUGGAAAUGUACUCCAGGAAUACAGUAACUGCUCAAUCAUGUAUAUAUUUUUCCAUCAUUUUCAUGCAUUUAUAAAAGUGAAAAGUAUGCAUGUUUCUCGAUCGAUCAAUAUUUUAUCAGUAUAUUACUGACAGUGUAUUACUCUAGAUAUAAACUUUCUUCUUCUAACCUAAAACUCGUACAUGUCGGUCUUGACACAAGAACGUGAUAGGUAUGAGCUGGACUAGGUAUAUAGAUAUCAUUAUUUUAGGAAAAAUACCUGCAAAAGUACUAAUAGAUACGUUAGAAUUUCUGAUAGUUAAAGUGGCUAUUCAAAACAUAUCAUAGCUUGUCCUUGUGAAACAAGAUAUGGAUUAUAUACUAUAAUACUAGAUAUACAGAGCCAACCAUAAAUACUUUUACACUUCUUGGAAAAUUGGUUUAUGGAUGAUAUACAAAUUUUUUCAAUCCUUAUCUUACAUGGUCAUUGCAUUAGUUUAAUAUAACAGACUGAAAACUAAAUAAAGAAAUUUUUAUUUGAAAAAAAUUUAAAAAUCAUCAUCAGUGCAUUCACGCAUUUGAAUUUUCUAUCUUUAACACAUAUUUUUGUGUAUGAUACCGUCUUGUAAAUUUACCAUAGGGCGUAAAUUGCCCCGCCUCAGUUCAGCCUUUGUUGAAAUGGUCACUCCAGUUGUGUGACCUCAACCCCUGUGAGAAUUGUGAUACACCACUAAAUACAAGUUGAAACGAUAGUGAAAGUGUAAAGUUGUAAACUUGUUGUAUUUUCAAUAAAUUUUUCAUCAUCUUGUUUACAGUCAUUUAUACACCUAACUGAUGCAAUAAAUAUUUCUGAAAUGGAUGAAUACUUUGUAAUACAAACAAAUUGUGUAAUUCUACCAAAUUGUGUGAUCAACCAAAUUGAAUUUUUCACGAGGUGUUAAAGUAUUUAUUGAUGGCACUGUAUAUCUGUUAUCAAAAUCAAGCUCAGACUAAUCAUUUAAAACUAAUUAGUUUUUUAACCCUUUUCAAUUUUAUCAUCAUAUUUAAACAUAUUGAUGAAAACAAUAAAGGUUUCACUGUUUUGAUAUACAUGUUUGAUUAUGUAAUAAUUUUGUUCAAGGAUCCAGUUAUAUACUAGAAUUAUGUGAUUAUGAGUUGGCCAGAGUUGUAAAGAAGUUUUUUUGGCCUUUUGAUAUUCAAUAUAAAACGCUUACCAGUACAUAUAUAUAUAUUAUGUUUAUCAUGAUUUUAUGUUUAUAGGUAAAUUUAUCAGCUUAUAUAGUAAUGUCAAUCAUCACAAAUGAGCCUCGCAUGACAAAACCAACAUAAUGGGUUUGCGGCCAGCAUGGAUCCAGACCAGCCUGCCCAUCCGAGCAGUCUGAUCAGGAUCCAUGCUGUCCGCUAUCAGUUUCUCUACUUGUAAUAGGGUUUGUAAGCGAACAGCAUGGAUCCUGAAUGCGCAGGCUGGUCUGGAUCCAUGCUGGUCGUAAACACACUAUGCUGGUUUUGUCAUUGCGUUGCUCAAAUAUAAAUUGAAUAGUUUAAUUAUGGAUGAUGAUGUGUGUCCGAUCUUUGUAUAUGUAUUUCAUACAUUGUAUAUCAUAAAAGAUGAUUUUAUUUUUGUAUAAUAUACAUUAACCUGACUUACCUUAAAACAACAUAUCAUAGGAUUAAAACAUAUAUUAUGUAGAUAUCUUUUAUUUAAUUUACGAACUUUAUUUACCUUACUUUAACAACUGUAAAACAAAUCAUUAUUAAUUAUGCUUUAUUUGUACAUUAUUUUUAUUUUUCCCCUCGUAACAAAUAAGAUGGACCAAUUUUACCACUUUUAUUUUCUACUUUUCUAUUAUUAUUCUAAGUUUGUGUAGCUCAUUUUAUGUUUUACAUACAGUAUAUGAGAGGUAAUAAUGUCAUUAUGUUUUUACCUAAUUUUACAUGUUUGGUGUAAUAAUUUUGAAUAGAAUAGGAUUUUUGUAG